CCGCUCCUCUCCCUGCGCCCCAGCAACCCCGCCGUCCCCCUCCCCCGCCGCCACCGGCGCCCCCACCCGCCCCGCCCGGCGGCCGCCAACACCACCGGCGCCGCCUCGCCGCAGGAAUGGUUCCGCCCGCGCCGCCCGGCCGACUCCGACCCCUCCACCUCCGGCGGGCGCGUUGCGGCGCGCGAUCCCGGCGUGCGCGUCAAGGCCAAGGACGGCGCCGAGGAGAAGAAGGGGGAGCGUAAGAGGAGGUGGUGGGAGCGCUGGUCCAGGGACAAGGAGAGCUACCUGGUCGACGACGUGGAGCCGCUCCCGAUGCCGUUGACCAUCCCGGGGACCGAGCCGAUGUCGCGGGAGGAGCUCGACCGCCGCCUCAGCUGCGACGUGAAGAUCGAUGAAUGCAAGAUGGUUUCGUACGAGUGGACGGGCAAGUGCCGGAGCUGCCAGGGGUCGGGACUGGUGACCUACUUCAGGAAGAAGGGGAAGGAGACUAUCUGCACGUGUGUGCCAUGCGCUGGCAUUGGCUAUGUUCGGAAAAUUACAUACCGAGAGGGAGCUGAAAAUCUGGAUGAGUUAGACAAUGGGAGACCACCAUAAUUUGUCGGUGCUGUCUGUUUGGGGGCGGUAAUUUUAUUAACUGGCGUUGAAUAGAUUGUGUUUACUACAUGUGAUUCUUUUCACUACACAAUUUCUGUUUCAGGCACGGUACAGGACAGGAUGCCAUUCUUUAAGCAUUGUAAACUUUUCUUUUUCUGUCUAGUUAUUGUACACGCUCUUAUUCUUCACUUACAGAUGUAUGAUGAAAAUUCACAAAGAAGGAAAGAAUAAAAUAUAAGAAAUCGCUUUGGACCA